UCUUCUCUAUCCAAGCAUUGGAAUAAUACAGAUCAAGAUGUUCAAGUUCGCAGUGUUGUGCGCUUUCCUGGCUGCGGCUACGGCCGAACCUAGUGCCAUUCUAUCGCCUUUGGGAUAUUCGGCUAACAUAGUGGCGCCAGCAACCACUGUCGUCUCAAGCUAUCCCAACAAUUUGUUCUACUCGUCGCCCUACUACUCGUCGGCACCUUUGGCUUACUCCACACCAUUGAGCUACUCUCAUCUCAUCAAGAAGCGAUCUGCUCUGAGCUACAUCGCGCCCUCAGCGUACAUUGCGUCUGCUCCUUUCGCCGCCCCUACUUAUGCCGCGGCUGCUCCUUUGACUACAACUUACGCCGCAGCUGCUCCUCUGGCAACCACUUAUACCACUGCUGGUCAUCUCGCGACGACCUACUCAUCGCCUUUCUACGUUGGUGGCGCCCACCUGAUCAAGAAGAGGUCUGCUCCUUUUAUUGCUCCCUCUACUUAUGUGGCGUCGACUCCUUAUGCCGCUGCGACUUCUUACUUCGCAUACCCUUACGCAGCAGCCGGCCCAUACGUGUCAACCCCUCUGAUCUCCAGCGCUCCUCUUGCCUACAACACCCACUUCAUUAAGAAGCGGUCUGCAGGUUUAGCUUACGCUGCCCCCGCUUCCUACUCACACACCUCUAGAUUUGAUUUCCAAGCCGCAUCCCCUGCCAUUACUUACACUUCGUACGCCGGACCAGCCCCUCUGAGUUACGCUCAGUCAUUCGCUCUCCCUCAUUUAAUCUAAAAGAAAGCUUGACAUAAAGUGUUUACAGAAUGCACAAGAUUGAAAAAUAAACUUUUAAAAAUAAA